AUGACAGACGGAAAGAAAGACGAGUUCAGUUUUGACAAGGUCGAUGAGGACCUGAAGGGCUUCUUCUAUGCCCCAGCUGGCUAUACCGAUCACACUUUCAAGUCCUCCAGCGGCGUCGAGCUUGGAGUCCGUGUUUGGCCGGCCGAGAACGUGGUCCAAGAACCGGCCCCGAUUUUGUUCUGGGUCCAUGGAGGCGGUUUCCUCGGUGGACACCACUUUGUUCCUCUGCCGUGGCUGAACCCCGGCUUCCGCAAACGAGGAUACCACCUUGUUUCCCUCAACUACCGUCUCGCCCCCCAAGCCGCAUUCGAUCACCAACUCGCCGACUGUAUCGAGUCCGUCGAAUGGUGCCGCAAAAACCUUCCGUCCAUCUUGGACGAGGGCAAGGUAGACGUUGAUCGUUAUGCCCUUGUUGGUGAAUCCGCCGGUGGCACCCUAGUGACCCUAAUGGGCUUGCACUUAACUUCACCUCCCCCAAGAGUUAUCGUCGACGCCUACGGCCUUGUUGAUAUCUGGUACUACAUCAACAUGCCCGACCGCACACCUGAGCCAUGGAAGGGAGAGUUCACCGACCAGGAACUAGAGCGCUUCAUCGGCGACAGGGACCUAAAGAACGUCUUGACAGAUGCUUGCUGCUGGAACGAACAGGAACUGUUUCCUGAAGAAGAGCUCAGAAAGCGCUGGGCGGCUGACAUCAGGUACGACAAGCGUUUCCGGUUGCAGGCGGAAGCCCACCAGUGGCGUUCCGUAAGGUCGUUUCCGGGUGAUGUACAUAAGGCCUUCCUCCACAGCGAGCGAUUUCCUGAUAAGGCGGAACUGGUCAAGUUCAUCACGUCUAUGGCUCCCCUCAAGGUUCUCCAGGAGGACAAGCAGCGGUCUUACCCACCAACCGCCUUCCUGCAUGGCAACGCCGAUGAGCCUGUUCCCAUUCAGCAGAGUUAUGACUUGGCCGCUACGCUCAGGGAGAGAGGCGUUCCUGUCAUUGAGAGAUACGAGGAGGGCGAGCCGCACGUAUUUGACAUCAAAUACACGGGCCCUACUGUCCCUGGCUGGGACACCACGAUUCAACCAGUUCUCGACUUUGUUGACCAGCACGUUGGGACCAAGAGGCAGUAG